AGAAGACCCGCAGCAUCAACCAGCAUCGUGGCAAGUUUGUCUCGCUAACACAGGCACAAUGGUUCAGGCGUUGCAGAUUCUUGCAACUUUGCUUGCUCUACAACUCAGCUAUGGACAUCCCCAACAUGGAUAUCCUGAUCAUUGCCCAUAUCCAAUACAUGAACCAGUAUGUGAAGUUCCUGUAAUACCACCACCACACUGCCCUCUUCCAAUACCCGAACCAGUAUGUGAAAUUCCUGUAAUUCCACCACCACACUGCCCUCUUCCAAUACCUGAACCAGCAUGUGAAAUACCCGUAAUACCACCACCACACUACCCUCACCCAAUACCCGAUUGUGACUAUCCGUAUCCUGGAUAUCCUCAUGGCCCCCUAAAACCUCAUCUUCCAAUUCCUGAACCAUGUUAUGGUCUACCAGACUGGCUAGGUGCCUGGCCAAAUGAAUGGCCAUGUUAUUUCCCAUGUGGUUGGCCAGAUGAUUGGCCUUGCGAUUUUCCCCUUGGUUUGCCCAAUAACUGGCCUAUUGAUUUUCCAUACGGAUUACCACAUGACUGGCCUAAUCACUUUCCACACGGUUGGCUACCAGAUAAUUUACCACAUGGAUAUCCCAAUGCUUGGCCCUGUGACUGGCCUGAAAACUGGAGGGAUUACUGGCCUGAUUGCUGGCCUAAUUACUGGAAGGAUUGCGAUCUUACAUUACCUGGAUAUCCCCACGGACCUCUCCCAAAGCCACCAGGAUAUCCGUAUCCAGGAUAUCCUCAUGGCCCCGUAAACCAUGUUCCAUAAUCCUAUGUCAGCUCUAAAAAAUCUAAUGUAGCAAUAUGUACCAAAUCAAAAAGCAUAUGUACCAAUAAAAAUAAUGAAAUA